CCUCAGACGAGCAGAUCCAGCCAAAUAUUUGACAAACUAGCAAUCGUUGGCUAGCCAGCUAGGAGUUGAAAUAAUACGCCGGUUAAAAAAUACACUUCCUCACACUUGAGCCGGUUACGUUUAUGCCAAGGAUUUAGGUUUCCGUGUGAGCAGGAUGUCAACUCCAGCAAGACGACGUUUAAUGAGAGAUUUUAAACGGCUGCAAGAGGAUCCUCCAGCUGGAGUUAGUGGGGCCCCAUCAGAAAACAAUAUUAUGGUAUGGAACGCUGUCAUUUUUGGACCGGAGGGAACACCUUUUGAAGAUGGAACCUUCAAACUUACCAUUGAAUUCACAGAGGAAUAUCCAAAUAAACCUCCAACAGUGCGAUUUGUCUCCAAAAUGUUUCAUCCAAAUGUGUAUGCAGAUGGCAGCAUAUGCUUAGAUAUACUUCAGAAUCGUUGGAGUCCAACCUAUGAUGUCUCUUCGAUCUUAACUUCAAUACAGUCUUUACUGGACGAGCCAAACCCAAACAGUCCCGCCAACAGCCAAGCAGCCCAGCUGUACCAGGAAAACAAGCGGGAGUACGAGAAGAGGGUUUCUGCUAUUGUUGAACAGAGUUGGCGUGACUGUUGACCCCUGUUAUUGUUCGAGUACGAACAGUGUCCGGCCCAGAAUCAAGAAACCACCGAUCAAGAAAACUGAGCUCACAAAAAAAUAAAAAAUAAUAAAACGACACAUCUUAAAAAUCCUUCUCAGUAUAUUUGUCCCAUAACUGUUGCUAAGUUUGUAUGCUGUUGUGUUGUGGCAUUCACUCCUGCCGAAUGCUAUUGUUGGGCGAUAGCAUAUGUUUGUUAAAAGUUAAUGUACCUUGUUAUAUCUGGGUUACUUGCUAAAUGCCCCGACUCUUUUUCUUUUUUUAAAAACAGGCGGUCUCUCAGCUGUCGCUUUUCUACCUGUUUAUUUAUACAUGAAGUAAACUGGUUGGUUGACACGGCGACAGUUUAUUAGAUGUGCUUGCUGUGUGGUUUGCUGUGUAGAUACCGACACGUCAGUUUUACAAAACAAAAAAAAACAAAACAAAGGCGUUCAUGGGAGUUUCUCCUUCUGUUUCAGUGGCCUCACUCCGUUUGGUUUUGUUUCUUUCUGUCUUUUGAAAGGCUUUCAGAGGGAUAGAAAAUUACCCUGGCAUGGACAUCCAUCCCUCGAACAAGUUGUCAACUCAACAGAUGCCUUUGAGGGUUGUUUUUCUCUCAACUGUACUUGUAAAGCCAUGCCUUUGAUUUUAAAAGAGAUAUUGGUGAAUACAGUCGUCCCUCUUCAACACAGAAACAAGACAUUUAGUACCCUCUGUGGGUGCUUAACUUUGUUUCAUGCACAGUUUCAUAAUGCUGAUGUUUUAAGGCUGUGUGAGAACAUUUCUAUGCUAUUUUACAAUCUUACAGGUCAGCUGACAUAAUAGGCUGAUACUACUGUUUGAAACAGGAUGGUGUCUGUUUUCAGAUUAUAAGACUUUGCACUGGUAACCCAUGUAACAAACUGUACAUUUUCUUGUAAAUAAAAUAAAUAUACAUCAA